UCGAUGCCGGUGAGCGUUUUGACGGACUACGGAUGGUGUGGAUCGAUGGAGGUGAUGGCAUCCGACGACGUGCACGCCCCGUCCUCAUGUUAGUUUACGAACUACGACGCCUUGCCUCCGAGCCGCCCGUUGAAACAAUCUAAAGGCAAUCCAGUGGGCUGCCUGCCUCCCGCUCUAAGCCUCUUUCUUCUUCGUCGGUUGCAUCAGCAGGGUGAGAAGACUGUAUAUAUAGAGUUAAGGGGGUAGCCAAAGAUGCGGAGAUUCGCAAGCGGCGGAGCCAAGAGGGUGGUGGGUCUGCUGCAGAAGUCUCUGUCGUCUUCGUCUUUUCUCGCGUCUUCCUCUUCAUUUUCUUCUUCGGUCAUGGAGAGGACACCCAUAACAGUCGAUACGAUCAAUCCCAAGGUUAUCAAAUGUGAGUAUGCUGUGCGUGGAGAGAUUGUAACCCAUGCCCAGCGAUUGCAACAAGAGCUAAAAACUAACCCUAAAUCUCUUCCAUUUGAUGAGAUACUUUACUGCAACAUAGGAAAUCCUCAAUCUCUUGGACAGCAGCCGAUCACCUUUUUCAGAGAGGUGCUUGCUUUAUGUGAUCAUCCAUGCCUUCUUGAAAAAGAUGAAACUCAUGGCUUAUUCAGUUCUGAUGCCAUCGCUAGAGCUUGGCAAAUUCUUGAUCAGAUUCCUGGGAGAGCAACAGGUGCAUACAGUCAUAGCCAGGGAAUCAAGGGAUUGAGAGAUGCCAUAGCAGAAGGAAUUGCUGCACGUGAUGGUUUUCCUUGCAAUUCAGAUGACAUCUUCCUGACAGAUGGAGCUAGCCCUGCUGUUCAUAUGAUGAUGCAGUUGCUUAUAAGAUCUCAAAAGGAUGGGAUUUUGUGUCCCAUACCUCAGUACCCUUUGUAUUCUGCAUCUAUUGCUCUCCAUGGUGGCACUCUUGUUCCUUACUACUUAGAUGAAGCAUCAGGUUGGGGGCUAGAGGUUUCUGAGCUUAAGCAACAAAUAGAAAAUGCUCGCUCCAAGGGUAUAACUGUUAGGGCCUUGGUUGUCAUAAAUCCAGGAAAUCCUACUGGUCAGGUCCUUGCGGAGCAGAAUCAACGUGAGGUUGUUGAUUUCUGUAAGAACGAAGGGCUGGUUCUUCUAGCAGAUGAGGUGUAUCAGGAAAACAUUUAUGUCGAUGACAAGAAGUUCAAUUCUUUCAAGAAAGUUUCCAGGUCUAUGGGUUAUGGGGAAGAGGAUAUUGCUCUAGUAUCAUUCCAGUCAGUUUCCAAAGGGUAUUAUGGAGAAUGUGGAAAAAGAGGAGGCUACAUGGAAGUUACUGGUUUUAGUGCUAGUGUCAGAGAGCAAAUUUACAAGGUUGCUUCUGUGAACCUGUGUUCAAAUAUCUCUGGUCAAAUUUUGGCGAGCCUUGUAAUGAAUCCUCCAAAGGUAGGAGAUGAAUCUUUUGAUUCUUAUUCUGCUGAGAAAGAUGGAAUCCUCUCAUCUCUUGCAAGGCGUGCUAAGAUGCUUGAAGAUGCAUUCAAUUGUUUAGAAGGUGUAACCUGCAACAAAGCUGAAGGUGCAAUGUAUCUCUUCCCUCGGAUCCGCCUGCCACAGAAGGCCAUGGAAGCUGCGGAUGCAGCGAAAACUGCACCUGAUGCAUUCUAUGCUCGCCGUCUUCUUGAAGCCACAGGGAUUGUUGUUGUUCCUGGAUCUGGCUUUGGACAGGUCCCGGGGACGUGGCACUUCAGAUGCACCAUACUUCCUCAGGAGGACAAAAUUCCUACAGUGGUCUCAAAGUUGACAGAGUUCCACAAGGCCUUCAUGGCAGAGUUCCGCGAUUAGAGUUACCUGCUUGCCAGACUCGCCUUAUAAUAAAAUUCUCGUCAUCCAUGUUUUCCAUCGGUAUGGAUGAUUCAAAAAUCUCUUCUGUAUCAUUGACCCAUGAAGCGCAUCGAGUGUUUUUCCUUUUUCCAGUCAUUAAUAAAUGGUAAAUGUCUUUACCGAUUGUGCUAA